UUUAUCUUACAGGUCCAAUUUAGCCAAGAAGCCUCGGGCGUGGUACAGUAUAAUUAGGGUUAGGAUUGCCAAUCUGCGACCCUAUCGAAUUGAUUUGUACACUUAUACGAUAAAUCGAUGCAAUUGCCAUCGGAUACUGUUCGCAAUGAUGAAGAAUCUGACAAAGAUUUAAGCUUAAUUGUCCCGGAGACGGUGGAAAAUGCUACUUUCCAUGAUGUGAUCGAAGCUCUAGAAGAUGAUCAAAAUGUUUGUAUAUCGACUGAGAAAACCGAUUUGAUUCAAGCCGGGGAUCACAAAGGAUCAAUGAUAUUGACCUUGAAUACUGCUCUCCUGCGUAGCAAUGAUGAAGAAGUUAACCAAGACUUGAGCUUUGAAGUCUUGGAAAAAGCAGAAAAUGCAACCAAAAUUGAUGCUAGCAUAGAAGCAGCUGAAGUUCUAAAAGACUAUAAAACUGUAAGCACUCAAAUUGAUGGCGUAAUAGAACCAGCUGAAGUUCCGAAAGAUGAUAACAAGUUAAGCAUCUUUACUGGAUUAAAGGAUGAAACUGAGACAAGUGAUUGGACUGAAUUUGGUGACGAUGACUAUGUGAUUACUGACGAGGAAAUAAAGGAGACAGUUGGAUGUGAAUCUCUGGCGGAUAAAAUGUCGAUUGAAGAUGAAAUUGAGAUAUCUGAUAAUAUUGUGAUGCGGAAGCUUCUUCGAUGGCCUAGGUACUUUGAUCUUCUAGAUAGCGGCCGGGGAGCAUGCUAUAAUUGUGGCGAAGAAGGACAUACUGUUGUGCGUUGUACAAUGGCUAAGCGUAGGAAACCUUGCUUUGUUUGUGGGAGCUUGGAACAUAAUGCAAAGAAGUGUGCUAAGGGACACGAUUGUUUUAUCUGCAAAAAAGGAGGCCAUCGUGCAAAAAAUUGCCCUGAAAAGAAUAUAGCUGGGCUACAUUUAUGUGCUAGAUGUUUGAAAUGUGGUCAAUCAGGGCAUGGAAUGUUUUCAUGCCAAAGCAGUUAUUCUUCUGAUGAUCUCAAGAAAAUACAGUGUUACAUAUGCAAGGAAUUUGGCCAUCUUUGUUGUGCCAAGUAUACAUUUACUGUUGGUGGGAAGGUUUCUUGUUACCGAUGUGGUCAAUCUGGUCAUACUGGUUUGGCAUGCAAUAUAUUGCGUGGAGAACGGAACGAAAUUGAAUCACCUAAUUCCUGCUACAAAUGUGGUGGAGGAGGACAUUUUGCUCUUGAAUGCACAAAUUCGUUGAAGCCAUAUGCAAGGUUGUUAAGGGGGCCAAAUAAAAUGGAAUCACCUAGCACAUGCUACAAAUGUGGGCAAGGAGGACAUUUUGCUCGUGAAUGUACUGAAUCAAUCAAGGCUGCCACAAGAUUGCGUGGAGGACCAAAUAUACAGGAGUCACCUAGUUCAUGCUAUCGAUGUGGUGGUGAAGGACAUUUUGCUCGUGAAUGCAGUAAUUCACCUAUGGCAACCACUAGGUCGCAGGCAGGGCUAUAUGAAAUGGAGUCAUCUACUUCAUGUUAUAGAUGUGGUGGCAGAGGACAUUUUGCUCGUGAAUGCACUAGUUCAAUAGAGGCAUACACAAGGCUGCAUGAGUAUCAAAAUGGUUCAGGGUCUCCUAGCUCAUGCUACAAGUGUGGUGAAGAAGGGCAUUUUGCUCGUGAAUGCACUACUUCAGCAAAGAGUUCAAAGAGAAAUCGUGAGUUUUCGUUUCCAAAAUAUAAGCAUUCAAAGCGGCAGCAAGACUCCUUUGGCAGGAAGUCAUGGCCUGGUGAUCUGGGUAAGCCUUGUAAAAGGAAAAGAACCCGGUAUGAAAGAGAAUUUAGUACACCUGUCAAAUCUACCACCCGCAGGGGUUGGACCACUGAACACCUUGGAGACUUGCCCCGACGGAAAGCCAGAAACAAAGGUUGGAAUUCUCCUGCAACCCCAACCAGUAGGCACAAGAAACAUCAAAAGUCAAAUGGUGGCGAUUAUUCAUUAGAUUCUCGUUCUACCAGAAAGUUUCAGAAGUUUAAAUUUAACAAUUCAAAUUGAAAUAAUUCAAAGCUCAGUGAUGGAUUUUAAGGAAGGAAAUAUGCAGCACUGGUAAUUGAUGAGACGAGAUACAGAACAAAAAGCUGCAAAAUAUGUCGUGAAAUUGGUACAGCCACAGAUCAAAAACUUUUUCCCUUUUGAGCAAUGGGUGCAGCAUUUCGGAACUCAAAGCAAGUGUCGCCAUUCUGACAAACCAUAGCACGCCUAUCCAUUAAUUUACAGAAGAAUACUGACUAUUGGGUUCUACAUUUCUAGUGUAUCAUAAAAAUUUCAAGGCAUCCUGGCACUUGCUGAGUGUUUUUCAUUUUGGAAAUUUACAAUCUCUUUCCCCAGAUAAGUGCACUUCCAAUUUAGAAUCAAGCCCUUACUCUUGUACUAAUAUGUUUAAUUGUUAUCCAAGUACAUGUGAAAAUGUUAAAUGCUUUCUAUUAUCCUACAGAGUCUCUCUGGUUUUUGGUGUAACACGUCCAUCUUUAUCGUCACAUUGGUUGCCAUGGUUAAAAGCUUCUAACUAAGAAAAUAAGUAAUAUUGAGAAGGUUCA